CGGUUCCAAGUUCUUCAGCAGCAGCUUCGGCCUUCGGAUCACAAACUCCUUCUCCAUCCUCUUCCGCUUCUCGAAUCAUCGCCGUCAACCCUAGCACUUCUCCAUCCUUCAUCGGAGAUUGUAAUCCCAGUCGUCCUCCCUUCCUUCGAUCGGUGGAUCGCCGCCCUUCUACCGCCAUGAGCAUGGAACCCUUCAACAGUGAUGGGUUGUUUGCUGUCCAGGAUGGUUAAGCUCGCUGCGCGUGCUUUCUAUGAUGAUGUAUCCAUUAUGGGCGAAAGCCAGUCUAAGCCUGGGAGGAUCGACAACAGGGGGAUGACUGUGAUUGUUCUUGAUGCUCUAACUAGGCGUCAAUGGGUCCGUGAAGAAGAUUUGGCUAAAGCCUUGAAAUUGCAUUCCAAGCAACUGCGCCGUACUUUACGGUUUUUUGAAGAAGAGAAGCUGAUUACUAGAGUACAUCGAAAAGAGAGUGCUAAAGGUGCAAAAAAUUUUAAUGCUGCAAUUGCUGCUACUCGUGAUACUCAACAAACUACUAAAGAGGGAGAGGAGAAGAUGAAAAUGCAUAUGCAUUCAUACUGCUGUUUAGAUUAUGCACAGAUUCUUGAUGUUGUUAGAUACCGAAUGCAUCGAAUGAAAAAGAAAUUAAAGGAUGAAUUGGACAGCAGAAAUACCAUUCAGGAGUACAUUUGCCCUAACUGUGGAAGAAGGUAUUCUGCUUUUGAUGCACUACAACUUGUGAGUAUGGAAGACGAGUAUUUUCACUGUGAAAAUUGCAAUGGUGAACUUGUUGCUGAGAGCGAGAAGCUGGCUGCUGAGCAACUUGGUGAUGGGGAUGAUAAUGCUAGGAAGAGGAGGCAUGAAAAGUUAAAAGACAUGUAUCAGAAAAUGGAGGAUCAGCUCAAGCCUUUAAUAGCGCAGCUUGAUAGGGUGAAAGAUUUGCCUGCUCCUGAGUUUGGAACAUUGCAAGCAUGGGAAGCAAGAGCACGAGCUGCAUCUCAAGCUAACGGCGAUUCUAAUGCUAGUGAUUCAAAAAAUAUCCAGGGGCAAGGUUACGGUGGCACACCAAUGCCAUUCCUUGGCGAGACAAGUAUUGAAGUUGCUUUAUCUGGUGUUGAGGCCAAGGAAGAAACCGAGCCUGAUAUAAAACCCACAGCAUUGAAAGUUAUACCUCCCUGGAUGAUCAAACAAGGAAUGAAUCUUACAAUAGAGCAACGCAGAGGGAUUAUGCCUGAACCCAAUGUUGAGCACAAUUCUGAUGACAAGAAGUCAAGUGUGGAUGACAAGAAACCAAGUGCAGAUCGAGACAAUGAGAAGAGUUUACAGGAUGAAUAUCUGAAGGCAUAUUAUGCUGCUUUAGUGAAGAGGCAAGAAGAAGAAGAGGCCUCUAGAAGAAUUCAACAACAAACAGAACUUUCGACAAGUGCUGCUGAAGAACCUGUUGAUCGACGUGUUGGCAUGAAAUCAAAACGCGAAGAUGAUGAGGAUAUUGAAUGGGAGAGUGCAGCUGGUACUGGCAAUUCAAGCCAGUCUUACAAGCUUGCCGAUUUGAAUGCCGAAGCUGAUGCGUCUGACGACGACAAUGGUGGCGAUGACGACGACAUCGCCUGGGAGGAAGGUUAACUUGGUGUAGAAUACCAAAUGCCUAAGAAGAGAGCAUUUUCCUUUCUGGACUGGUUUAAUUCACAAACCAUCCGCAGGAUACAUUUCCACUGUUUACCUUAUGCGGUGGAACAUAAUAUACGGUGAAACGAAAUUUAUAAUCCUCAAUAUCAUUCUUUCUCAAUUUAUAAUAAUAAAAAGCAGCAAUUGGCUUUGAUA